ACUUUGCUCCCAGCAGUGGGAAAGUGGGAGCAGGCACAGUCGGCACGGCAGGGCAAGGCGAAGGGCAGCCCGCAACCCCUCCAGCAUGGCCCCCAGCCCCACGGGGGACGGGCGCACCCCGGGGGUGUCCUGCUCCUGAGAGCCGCCCCAGCCAGGACUGCAGGCGAGGCUGUGCAGGGAGAAGACGGGUCGCAGCUCAGCUGACCCCAUGGAUUCACGCUGUGGGAUAUUCCUGCCAACGGCGCUUGCCACAAGAAGCCGUCAGGCUGCGCACCUCCAUGGCGAAGGCAAGGGGCAAACAGGAGGGGGAUGACGAGGGAGCGAAGGGAUGAAGGAGCCCUAGAAGACACAGCCUUCCACCUCGUACCGCUGACGCCAGCAUCCUGCUAACGCGCAUCAUCUCCCUGAGCCCCAAGACCUCCUCCGUCCUGGCGCCCAUCACCUCCUGGCUGAGCUCUGGACCAACAGAAACUGGAGAUGCACCAGUGCUCCCUCCAUCAGAUACGGUUUUGGCUACACCCUUGCCUCUGCUGGCAGCACGGCAGAUGCUCGUGCUCCCAGGUUACUCAUAGGAGCAUCCAUCCUCGGCCGGCAGAAGCGGCCGCUCCAAAAUCGCUUUGCCACGGAUGACGGCGGGCACGGAGGGGCCAAGGCACGUGCAGCCUUCGCCCGUCCUUUGCUGGACACCAUGAUGGUGGCAGAAGCUGCUUCUUCCCUCUGGAGCAGCGGGCUCUGAACUUUAGACGUCCUGAGAGGCGAACGCAACCCUCUGACGGCUUGCCCUGAUGCCUCAGCCCCGGGGCCCGAUUUGCCAGGAGGACGCAGAACCCAGCCUUUGAUCGUAACACCGUGCGAGGGGAAACGUCCUGCCUGCCUUGCGAACUUGCGCUGUCUUGAGCUGGGACUUGGCUCUGGCGCAGCUCCUCUCCACAGGGCUUAGAUCAUCCCUCUCCUACGGAGAAUACCCGGCAGCUGGAGGCCCCUCACUGUCCAGGGACGCUCUCUCCCAAAGGCUCCUUUAACAGCCCCCCGAGGACUUCUCCGGGCCAUAAUAUUCCCCCAGACAAGCCUUUCUUCUCCUCCCGCCUUUCUUUUUGUCAAGGAGCCCUUUGGGACGAGCAGCAUUGUCAGGAUGGUGCCAAUUAGGCUGAGCCAGCUUCCAAGAGGCUGCGCUGGCACCGGCCGGGGGCUGCUGUUGCUCAUAAAGGUCUCAUUGUUCGGCGCGCAGUGGGGCUGCUGGCCGGCGGGGCCGGCGCGGUCCUCUGUCUCAGGCACGCUUCCCGGCUCCACGCGGCGCUGGUGUCACUGCGCGCUGCUCAAAGGGAUGAUUAAUGGGUGUCAUUGCGGGGGCUGCGAAGGGGAGGAUUUGUCGAGUCCCCCUCGGCUCCCCGCGAGGCCCGAACGCGCGAGCUGAGAAAAACCAGAGAACCAUCAAAGUGGCCGGAGCUCCUGGAGGGGGGGAAAAUCUGGCAUCUUUGGCUCCCUUCCACGCUUUGUGCCUGACAAUGGUCGGGAUCGACGACUAAUGCGCUUUUAUUAACUGCUCCCCUAGAUCUGGCUCGGAGAACAUGGCCACUUCAGUGAGGACGUUCCCAGUUGCCCUGUGGACACCGACGCCGGCUCCCUGGCCGGGAGGAAACACCACCGCAGCGGCGGACGCAAAGUGCGUCUUCAAUGAAGAGUUCAAGUUCAUCCUGCUGCCCGUCUCCUACGGCAUCGUCUUCGUGGUGGGGCUGCCCCUCAACUCCUGGGCCCUGUGGAUGUUCAUCUCCAGGAUGAGGCCCUGGAACGCCACCACCACCUACAUGUUCAACCUGGCCGUCUCCGACACGCUCUACGUCCUCUCCCUCCCUACCCUGGUCUACUAUUACGCUGACCGCAACAACUGGCCCUUUGGGAAAUGGCUCUGCAAGAUUGUGCGCUUCCUCUUCUACGCUAACCUCUACAGCAGCAUCCUCUUCCUGACGUGUAUCAGCGUCCACCGCUACAUGGGCAUCUGCCACCCCAUCCGCUCCCUGAACUGGGUGAAGACCAAGCACGCCCGCAUCAUUUGUGUGGGUGCCUGGCUUGUCGUCACCAUCUGCCUCAUCCCCAACCUCAUCUUUGUCACCACCAGCUCCAAGGGCAACAGCACCCUGUGCCACGACACCACUAAGCCUGAGGAGUUCGACCAUUACGUGCACUACAGCUCCUCCGUCAUGGCCCUCCUCUUCGGGGUCCCCUUCCUGGUGAUCGUCCUGUGCUACUGCCUGAUGGCCAAGAGACUCGGCAAGUCCAGCUUCUCCAGCCCCGGCCCCCGAAUGCCCUCCUACAAGAAGCGCUCCAUCCGGAUGAUCAUCGUUGUGCUCACCGUCUUUGCCAUCUGCUUCGUGCCCUUCCACAUCACCCGGACCAUCUACUACACCUCCCGCUACUUCCAAGCCGACUGCCGGACCCUCAACAUCAUCAACUUCACUUACAAGAUCACUCGGCCCCUGGCCAGCAUCAACAGCUGCCUUGACCCCAUCUUGUACUUCAUGGUCGGGGACAAGUACCGGGGGCGGCUACGCCGGGGGCCAGCUCAGCGCCUCCAGCCUGUGCCCACCUGUGACCUGGCCCUGGUAUCCACCUCCAUGGACAACAUCAUGGGUGGCAGCCACACUCCUGGUGACACCCGAGGGACAGGGACGGCACGGAGCAGAGGCGGGUGCUGAGGGGCCAAAGAGGGUUCCGGUAACCUCAUCCCUGGUCUCCACAACUUGCGGCCCCUCCGGGCUCCAUGUGGACACCCUGGCACCCCCAGGUCCCCAAACCUGACCUGCCCCUGCCCAGCCCGUGCAAGGGCAGAGACCUCAGGGCUGAGGGACGGUGGCCAUGGGACUUGUCCCAGUCCUGCCCCGGAAUGCCACGGGAGGAGGGUGCCAGUGCGGCUUGGGGCAGGACAGCUGCCAGGCACCCGUGGGACUGGGAAAGAUGCUGAGAAACCCGUUUUGGGGAGGCAGGCUGGCAUCCCAUCCCGGGACGCUCCUGGGGACACACGGGGGCUGACAGGUCACUAAAGAGAAGGGACACUGGUCCCUCCCCGGGCACGCACAGCCCUUCCAGUCUGCUCAACAGCGACGUGCGGGGACCGGAGCGAACCUGGGGAUGGAGCCGACGCUGGGCCCCCCGCGUGCCUGGCGAAGGCUCUCCUAGAUAUCCCUGUCACACUGCUGGCCUUAGGGGAGGCAGGCAGGGAUACGGCACGGGGCACUUGCUGCCCAUCACUCCCCAAUAAAGCCCCUUCCCUUUCUCUA